GGCUUAGGCAAAGAAGCAAAGAUAUGACGAUGUCGAGCAGCACAAAUCAGUCAGAGGAGAAGGAGCUGGACAUGCGAAGAACUGCAAAUUAUAAACCCAACAUAUGGAAACACGACUUUCUGCAGACUCUUGGCACUCCAUAUGAUAAAGAAGAAUUUGCUAUGCAGUUAAACAAGCUAGUGGCUCAAGUAAAAUGCCUUUUUGUUAAAGAGUCGGACAUUUUGCAUAAAUUACAGUUGGCUGAUUGGAUUCAAAAACUAGGCCUUGCUAAUCACUUUGGGAAGGAAAUUGACGAGUUUCUUCAAACUAUAUUUGUCUCUCACCAAAACAAAAAAAACUUUGGUGAUGUGCAAAGACUGUAUUUUUCUGCACUAUGCUUUAGGUUUUUAAGACAGCAUGGAUAUGAUGUGUUUCCUGAUCGUCUAAGUAACUACAUAGAUGUGAAAAAGGGUAUAGUGGUAGAGAAGGAUCACCUAUGUUUUAGUGAUGCUAAAGAUAUUAUGGAGCUUCUUGAGGCCUCACAUUUGGGCUUAGAAGGUGAGCAAAUCUUGGAUGAACUCAAAAAAUUAGCAACAACUUGGCUCAAAGAUUGUUUCACUUCAAGUGCUAUCAACAUAAAAGAGUUUAACGUUGAUGUUGAAAGAGUGGUCCAUGCGUUGGAGCUCCCUUCCCAUUGGAGAGUGCCAUGGUUUGGUGUGAAAUGGCACGUGAAGCAUUUCCAAACUGAGAAAGACAUGGACCCUGAUUUGCUUGAAUUAGCAAAAUUAAACUUUAACAUAACGCAGGUCAAACUUCAAAGGGAGGUCAAGGAAUUGUCCAGGUGGUGGGAGAAACUUGGAUUAAAAAAAGACUUCAACUUUUCACGAAAUAGGUUGGUUGAAAGCUUCAUGUGUGCAACAGGGGUUGCUUUUGAGCCCAAAUAUAAAUCUUUGAGGAAAUGGCUGACUAAAGUGAUUAUUUUGGUACUAUUGAUAGAUGAUGUUUAUGACAUAUACGCCUCUUUUGAAGAACUCAAGCCGUUUACAACGGCAUUAAUUCAGAGAUGGGAUGCAAAAGAACUUGAACUUCCAGAGUACAUGACAAUUUGCUUCAAUGCACUUCAAGAUGUCACAAAUGAAAUUGCAUAUGAAAUUGCAGGAGAAAAUAAUUAUAAUAUGGUGUUACCUUACCUAAAGAAGGCGUGGAUGGAGUUUUGCAAUGCGUUAUACGUGGAAGCAAAGUGGGACAAAACGGGAUAUAUUCCAUCGUUGGAAGAAUAUCUAAGCAAUGCAUGGAUUACAUCUUCGGGGCCAUUAAUUUUGCUUCAUUCAUAUUUUGCCACAACGUAUGAAUUUCAGUUAACAGAUGAGAUUGAUAAUUUUUCACACAUAUAUCAAGAUCUUGUCUACAAUGUAUCUCUCGUUAUUCGGUUGUGCAAUGAUCUGGGGACCGCAGAGGCCGAAAGCGAAAGGGGAGAUACUGCUUCGUCAAUUGCAUGCUAUAUGAAUGAAAAUGAUGUUUCAGAGGAAGAAGCAAGAAAACAUAUCCAAGACAUUAUAAACAGUGCAUGGAAAAAGAUUAAUGGACAAUGCUCCACAAGACUAGUGGCUUCAAUGGAACCAUUUCUUAAUCAAGCCAGAAAUGCAGCACGUGUGGCCCACACACUUUAUCUAAAUGGCGAUGGGUUUGGUAUUCAAGAUCGAGAUAUCAAAAAACACAUUUUAUCACUACUUGUUGAACCCUUCUAG